AUGAGUGAAGAAGCAACAAAGAAACGUAAGAUUCGGGGUGGACAAAGAACCUCAACUAAGAGAACAAUAAAUGCUUCAUCCACAAUUCUUGACGAUUUUGAUCCUUCAAAUAAACAACUUACCGAGAAGUUAUUACAACAAAAGAUUACAUUAAAGGAAAAACUAGACAUUCUGCAAAAUUUAGACAAUGAUAUACUAGCUAUUACUGAGGAGAAAGAUAUUGAAAAGGAGAUUGAAGAAAGUGAUCUUUUAAGAGAGAGAAUACAUGCUACAAUUGUCAGAAUCGAUUCUGUUGUGAGCCCUAUGAGCCUACCUCCAUCACCAAAUCCAGAAGGGACUCAAGAAGAAGGGAAUUAUCAUAAUUCUAGUACUAUAAGUCAUUCGUCGGCGAGGAUAAAGCUAUCAAAAUUGAGUUUACAGAAGUUUAAGGGAGAUAUUAAGGAGUGGACUCCAUUUUGGGACAGUUAUACUUCAGCUAUUCAUGACAAUCCUGACCUAAGUGAUAUUGAUAAAUUUAACUAUUUGAAGUCCCUACUUGAAUCAAAGGCAGCAGAAGCAAUUGCUGGGUUAAAGAUUACAUCAGCAAACUAUCAGGAAGCAGUUGACGUGUUAAACCAGAGAUUUGGCGACAAGCAACAGAUUAUUAAUUCGCAUAUGGACAGCCUUCUUCAACUACCAGCAGUAACAAGCCUUCAUGAUGUUCAAAGUAUUAGACAGCUUUACAAUAAGGUUGAAUCGCAUAUCAGAGGUCUCAAGUCUUUGGGAGUAGAGACUGCAACAUAUGGUAAUCUAAUGAUCUCAAUAUUGAUGCAAAGGCUGCCACCGGGUUUGCGUAUUAUUGUAACAAAGAAGAUGCAAGAGGAUGAAUGGUCUUUGGAUAAACUUAUGACAAUCUUUCGACAGGAAUUAGAGGCUAGAGAAAGAGCAAAUCUGCAGUGUUUACCUUCAUCAAAGUCCAGUUAUCAACGAAAUAAACCGGGAACAGCUGCUACUCUUUUCACGGGACUGCAUGACACUACCUGUUCUUAUUGUCAAGGAAAGCACUUAUCUGCAAACUGCAAGACAGUGACCAAUGUGGCUGCAAGGAGAGAUAUUUUGAAACGAAGUGGACGGUGUUUUGUAUGUUUAAGGAAAAACCAUAUUAGUAGGGAAUGCCAAUCGAACAUCAAAUGUUUUAAAUGUGGUAGACGACAUCAUGGAAGUCUGUGCAUGGGCAGUCAACCCCGACAACAUCACCCUAAUCCUAAUUCUGACCCACCAACCAACCAGCAAGAACCUCGGCAUCCACAUCAGCCCGCAACAGAGACUGAGAAAGGGGACGAAACCGGAAUUGGUGGCAAGAACUUACCAGCACAACCGAACAGAGAAAGAGAUCAACAGCAACAAGCUACUACAA